CCAGAGAGAAACUGUGUAAUAGACGUUCACCAUUUGUUAUUUUCGUGUGACAUUGCUUAUGUUACAGCUUCUAUGCGGACGCUGUAUCCUAAAGAGAUAAGAGAGAUACAAAAUGUAGUAGAUAUAUCUGGGAAGAGAAGCAUUAUGGGAGAAAAUAGAAGCAAGUGAGAAUAGAGAAAUGCUUCAAUUCAAAAUUUACGCUUCUUGUUCCUCAGCUGAUUUCGUUUGAAUUCCUUGCGAUGGCUACAGAACACCCCUUCUCAUGUAUAUUCAUCUUCAACUCAACAGGAAGGUAAAAUUGGAUUGAAAAUACAAAGUACUGGCUUUUUUCAACAUAGUAUACUACUUAUUGAAAUACGAAAACUCUCAGUACAGUCGGAGUCCAAGUCACGCAACCUAGUGAGAGCAUUCGGACGAAAUCUCCGAACAGCUCAUGUCAACAACGAUGGCUGGUUCGAUGUACACAGGCGGCGAAAAUCUCACUUUGACAAGAGUUCUGAGUGAGAAAUAUAAGGAGAGAUCCUUCAAAAGAACUGUUCGGCACGGCUUACUUGAUGUCGUUGAUGACAUUAUAAUAGCAUGGAGUAAAGAAGACGGCUGUUUGCUAACUCAAGUGACCAAUCCUCCAGACUCCAAGGUUCAGAUUUUAGCAGUAUCCAAGCCACCAGUAUGGGAUGUGGAACGUAUCAAAAUGAAUCGCAGUGGGAGCUGUGUUGCUCUAAUAGGCAGAAGAGGCGUGGCUGUGGUAGAGCUACCUCAGCGGAGUGGAGAUCCUGCACUAUAUGAUAAAGGGAAAGAUACUGUUACUUGCAGGGUUGAGUACAUAGCAGAACGAUUUUUCUCAUGUCACCCAAAACUAGAGGUGAUGACAGCUGCUUGGCACCCAGGCUCUAUUGAUGAUAAUCACGUCGUGAUUUUAGCUUCUGACAAUUACCUACGCAUCUACAAUCUGUCAAGCCAUGAGAUACCAGAGCAAGCAAUAUCUGUGGGUUCGAGUGGCUCUGGAAUUGUGAAUGGAUCAACACUAGGAGAAAAUGCAAUUGCAUUUAACUUUGGUCUUCCCAGUGAACCUGUAAAACUUGUUCCAGGAAAUGCAGUCUCAAAUGGUGUAACAACUCCUGUUGUUGAUGCAGAAGAUGAGAUGAAGCAAAAAUGCCUUGAAUUGAAAUGGCCUAUUUUCAUCCUGCAUGGUAAUGGUGAGAUUUAUCUUACUAUUACAACAUUCAGUACCAAAAGAUCUGCUCCACACAUAGUUUAUGGACCGCUCAGUAUGACACCUGCUUGUGACACAAAUUAUGGAGUUGACACAUGUGACCUUCUAGUGUUACAGUCAUCUCCACCUGUAGUUGUCAUUGCCACAUCAACAGGGCAAUUGCAUCAUUGCAUUGUUAUUGAUAAUAAACUUGAAAAGAACUGUAAUGACACACUUGCAAAUGGAUUCUGGACCAAUGAAGUGGCACCUGUAAGGUUGCAUGUUUAUGAGACAAUAGAGCUUGAGAUGUCACUUCUGUCUACAGAUGAGGGAUUCUCAACGCCUCUCCUAUUGCAUGCAGAUCCUACCACACCCACAAGAUACUGGGUGAGUCAUGAAGCUGGAGUACAUGGUGUGAUUUUCUCAGUUGUAGAUUAUCUGCAGUAUAAUGACCAACCAGAGGAUGCAGCAUUUUCUGAUAAUGAGUCUCAGAGUGUUGUGGAUCAUGUCAUCUGCACAAGAUCCCUUGCCCCUGCUGCUCCCAUGCCAGUUGUAGGCUUAGUGGCUAACACUACACAUUCUCUGUAUGUGCUUCUAGCAUCUGGGAAGCUCAUUCAAAUAAGUGUUCCAUCAGCCUUUGUUCCAAAUAUAACAGAGCCAUGUAAUGGUGAUGUGGACCUGUCGGUAUCACCGCUGAGGAAGAUUCAUGUGCAACCAUUUGAAGACCAUAUUCGUAGUACUUUGCACAGAGUAUCUUCACAGCCACUUUUGACAUCAGGCUCUGUGUCAAAGGUCACCCCAAAUGAAUAUAUGAAUCUUCUCAACCGGGUAAUAGAAACUUUAAGAACAAAUUACCUUCAGCCACAGUUGACAGCAAAAGAAGACAUACAAAGAAGAUCUGACAUUUUAAUUGAACAAAAGCAAAGACUUCAAGGUGAGAUUUCAAACCUACUGUCAAGGAAAAGACAGUUGACUGAGAAAGCUCAUGAGUUGGCUGAGAAAUAUGAAGAGGCAAAUGACAGACAGACCCAGUUGGUUCAUAGGUUAGAGAAAGUGUUGAAUCAAGUAAGUCGAGGCCUGCCUGUGUUAUCAGCUGGAGAGAAGAACAUGUUGCUGGAGCUGGACGCUAUGCAGAAGCACACAGUUAUUUUUACUAACCAGCUGAGCGAAAUACAAGCCAAGGAUAAAUGGCAGACAAGUCAGAUGGAGAAACUACAGAGUACUGAAGCUGUUAAAGCCCAUGCAUCUCCCAGUGUUUCAGAAAGUCAAUUGAGAGCUCUGAAACAGGCUCUCAGUAAAGAGAGUGAGAAACUGUCUACUUUGCUACAGAGGGUAAACCAAGUGAAGCGUGAUUUACAAUUAUGAUAAGAUACAUUUUUUAGUUAUUUUUAUCAAAUAUGUAAAGAAGUGAGUUCAAAAUUGUUAUAAUCCUCAAAAGCCUUGUGUAAAUAUAUUUCCAAAAUUAUGGCUCCAGUGUCAACAGUUAUGCAUCAGUGUCAAAAACUUUGUAACAGUUCAUAUAUAUAUAUAUCACUAUAUUGUCUUUGGGCUUUACUGCUGAGUCAGUCUUUCCCAGAUAAGGAAUGUGAGUGGUUUUUAUAACAUGAAAUGCCUGUGUUUUCUAUUGUUUAAAGGAUUUUAUAUAGUUUUCUUGUGUGAAACAUGAGCAUCACACUGUUCUUUGAUUUACAUUAAACUCUUUUUUUAUAACUUGUUGUUUCAGAGCUUGUUUUGAUGUUGCCUUUUUUAUGUGUUGCUUGUAUCCCUAGAUGUCAGUAGUCAUUGAUCAGUUUAAGCAAAUAUUUUUAUGGUGUUUAGAUAUAGGGUCUAAAGUUCUUGUGGAAAUGGUUGUUUUUUGAACCAGUAACAUGUAUUAGCAUAUUUUACUGUGAUUUUAUAUUUACAUUUUACAUUUUAUAAGAUGAUACUGACAGAAUUGAAAGUACAAAGCAUGAUGUAAUGUUUACAUGUUUACAUUUACAUUUACAUGAUAACCAGCAAACAAAAUAUCUUAUUUGUUAGGUUUAAAGUUUACCAGCAGAACCUCUUCAAGUAUUCGUUUCUAAAUCUACAUUAAAGAUUACCAGCACUUUA